UGAGCCUGACCAGCCUGACGUCGUCGGUGUUCCUUGGGGUGCUCGUCGCUAGCUGUUCCGUUCGGGCUGAUGCGAAUUGCCUGAACGUCUGGAGCACGUCGUUCGCGGGGUGAUGGCGCCUGAUACUAGGGGCCGUCGAGGCACUCGGUGAGUGCCUGUUGUAGGCGUCGAGUGGCCUGACCGCCACCAUGAUAUUCAGCUCGGCCGACAUGCUGAGCCAGCAGCAGCUGAAGCGGCUCUCGGAGCACAAGUACAGCUGCUCGGGCUCGUCGUUCGCGGACCCUUUGAUGCAACCCUUCUGGAACUGGGUGACCAGCAAGUGCCCGCUCUGGCUGGCACCAAACCUCAUGACGCUGUCGGGACUGUUCGUCAACAUUGCCACAUCGCUGCUGCUCGUGUGGUACAGCCCGACGGCCACGCAAGAGGUUCCACGGUGGGCGUUCCUGCUGUGUGCGCUUGGCCUCUUUGUCUACCAGACGCUUGAUGCUUGCGACGGGAAGCAGGCUCGCCGUACAGGCACCAACACACCUUUGGGGGAGCUCUUCGACCACGGCUGCGACUCCAUAUCGACGGUGUUUGUAGCCCUGGCGGUGUGCAUAGCUGUCAAGCUGGGCUCGUAUCCUGGCUGGAUGUUCUUCCAGUGCUUUGUGGCCAUCACCCUGUUCUACUGCGCCCACUGGCAGACCUACGUUUCGGGGACGCUGCGCUUCGGAAAGUUUGAUGUGACGGAGGCGCAGUUCUCGGUGAUGAUGAUCCACAUCAUCUCUGCCAUCUUUGGCUCUGACAUUUGGGCAACCAAGGUUCCCUUCAUUGAGCUGCCACUCAAGUUUCUGCCUCUCUGCUCGGGGCUGACCGCUGGCAGCAUUGCCCUCUUCAGCUACGCGGGGACCAUCUUCACCGGCGGAGUCGGCAAGAACGGCUCGACAGUCGCCCUGCCGCUGGUCAAUGUGGAACUGCGGCUGCUGCCCGUGGCGACGGCGCUCUCUGUCUCCAUCAUCAUGUGCUACACGGACAUUGCCGUCAUUCUCUCGGGCGGCGUGGGCAAAAACGGGUCAACCGUUGCCGGCACGAGUGUUCUGUCUCCGAGCAUCCCCAUUGCACUGGUGGUGGUUCCGGCGUUCAUCAUCUACCAGAAGUCUAGCACCAGCAUCUACGAGAACCACCCGUGCCUGUACAUCAUCGCUUUUGGCAUGGUGGCUGCCAAGGUCACCAACCGGCUCGUGGUGGCGCACAUGUGCCGUAGCGAGAUGGACUACAUGGACUCUGCUUUGCUUGGUCCUGGCAUGCUUUUCCUCAACCAGUACUUCAACACUUUCAUCAACGAGUACAUCAUCCUGCUUGUCUGCCUUGUAUACUCUGUGGCCGACCUUCUUCACUACUCGGUGAUAGUGUGCAACCAGAUCUGCGCCCACCUCCAGAUACCGCUGUUGCGGAUCGUGCCCAAGUACGCCGUGGACACUGCCUCCUCGUCGGUCUCCUCCGACAAGCAUUCGGCCACCCAGUCACAGGCCGAUGCAGAGGAGGCGUGCGCCCUGCUAACGCCCGAGGAGCCUCCACCGUACCACGAGUCCCUAAUGGAGCUGGACUGCGAGACAGUCCAUGCCUGAGCCAGUGGACUAGCUGAAAGCAAGACUCCAGCAUGACAACACACGUGCACUGUCUCUCUUUCCUCCCUCUCCACGCAGAUGACAACUGACCAGUGCGUGUGUGGUUGUGCGUCCUUUGACAUUCACCCGUUGUUUUCACAAGAUCUGUGUGCAUCCUACACCGAGACCAAGAUGAGAUGCUGUGUAUGAGCACCUGGCUUGCGUUUUUCUUUAUCAUGUCGGCGAGCUGCAGCAAUCAACAAGAUUAUACCAAAAUGCUAAAUGCAGCUACAGAUGGUGCUUUGUCAGGCACAAGUUUGGUAAGAAAAUAUUUAACAUCAUUUGGACUGCCAAAGAUAUGUUGCUUGUGAACUGGCUGUGGUAGUGCCAGACUCAUCGCACACUACUGGGCUAAUGCUUAGGACGUUGUGAGGCCAUGCCGUAACGGCCGAGAAAUGUGCACUUUAAAUGCUUCCUUCUGCAUUAUGUGUUUAACACAGUUGUUCACUCAGUGAAGGAGCUUUGUUAUACUCGGUAAGCCAUCUCCACAAGUGCGUGACAUUGAAAAGUCUAAUGGAUGUGGUGAGGGCUGCAGACAGGUGUCCAGGGUAAAGCAAGUAGGAAGCUGUCGUUUCGUUCUCCAACAAAGGCUUUGAUGUGCAGAUUAACUGAGGGCAGUGUCUUUCGCAGGUACUGGCAUGGCAGCCAAAUAGAGCCUUGCAGUUGCAUCAAUAAUUUGUGUAACAGAAUGGGUAAGAAAGACAGCGAUGCGUGUAGUUCACCUCGUGCUUUUCAAAAGAAAGCUUGGGACACCACGUAAUCUCAAUACAGGUAGUUCCCAAACCUUUGGCACGUUGCCUGUCAAGGUUGCUGUUCAGCACUUGUUUCUCCGCAAACAAACUGGAAGGUCUCAUGCGAAGCCUGCAUUCGAAAGUUAUCCUUGCAGCUUACUGCUAAGCCAGGCGAUAUGUGCAUUGACCACUUGUGCACUGUCUGGUGCAGUGUGGGGGAGCAAGGGUAUGUGACUGUGCUCUCUUGACAUUUUAACCUCUGUUACCCAGAUAUGCAGUACUACUGUACUAACAUCACAUCGUUAUGUACUCAAGCACCCUGCUGCAUUACUGAUGAGUGCAUGUCACUUAUGGCCAUCACUCUUCAAGGUUCAACUGUGCCCCACUUUCCUUUUCACAAUUCUAGCUUUACUGUGGAAACUUCACUUGCCUUCAGUGAUUGCACAGUGCUUGCAUAUUGCCGGAUUUAGAAGAGACUUCGUAGCAACUGCUACUGCACUAUAUGUUCUGGCACUUCAACAUUGACUGUGUUCAACAUUGACUGUUUGGUAUCCUGCCUGUACAAACAGUUGUGCUUGUGUACAAGGCAGCGCAUCACACCCAACUUAGUGUUUAAGCUGUGGGGACUGUAAAGCGACGCUGAGUGCCAGCUAAGUGUUGCUUUGUACCAAAUGUCAUGCAAUCCACAUUAAAUAGUACCAUUUGUGAGUUGAA